CAUGAGUUUUUUCUGCCACAACCUCUUUAAAUAGGUUAUCAUGCGUGUUUUAAAAAGAGCAUGGUGGGUGUGCUCUUGUGUGAUGAUCAACGAUUUGACACGUGGUCUUUAUUCAAAAUAUAGUUCGAUGUCUUCUUUCGAGCUUCAAACGCAUGUCUGAAUUGGUCAUGCAAUGAACAAUAGUGUAAAUUGCGUUUAUAAUAGUGAACAUAACUUAAAUAAAAACUACCCGUGUUCUUCAUAUAUCACUAAAAAUGUAAUUACCGACAUACGAAUCAGCAAUCAAUUUGAAUACGAUCUUACCCUUGUGAAUGAUGUUAUAACGAACCACCUGAAAACGAUUGUAGACGAUGAUUUAGUUGAAGACAUUGAAACUUCAUUGGAAAGCACUGGUCUGCUGGAUUUCGAAGAUAAAGCCGAACCCACAAAUAUCCCUAGAUUUGAUUUACUUGCAAAUGCACAUACUAACAAAUCGAAAGAAGGAGAUUUAGAUUUGACAUCAGCUUGUUCCAUACCAAUCGCAUAUGCAUUAGAUAGUGCAAAUGUCGCCUCUAGUAAUACGAUUUCUUCAGGAUCAGAAAGUUUAUCCGAUACCGAUUUAGGUUUCGAAGAGCUUGGCGAUUUAGACCAAUCAUUUUGGGAGGAAGACAUAAGCAACAACAACGAUAACGUAAUAACAUUUGUAGAAAAUGAUUCAAGUACCUUCAAAUCAUCGGCCACGAUAGUUCACGAGUUAUAUGACAAUUCUUCGCAGGAAAACAUCAGUCCUGUAAAAGAAGUAUUGAUGUAUAAAGUUUUACACCAACGUUUGGCCCGUGGAGAAACAGAAUUACCAAGUGGGUGUGAUACCACGUCAAUAUACGAGAUGACAGACGAGGAAAAAGAAAAACGACGCAGACGGAUGAAACUUAACCGAGAAUCGUCAAAACGGGCAAGACUAAAGAGAAAGGAAAAGGAAACGUCGAUUAAAGAGGUAUUGGCCUUACGAACGAAGGAGUAUUGCGAAUUAAUGAAAACGCACGAAGCAUUAAAACAAGAGAGAAAUUCGCUUCAACGGCUACUAGAUCGACAUGAGUUUUGCUUUGUAACAAAGAAGCCACCGUGAAUAUUAUUUGUGCUCGCCUUUUGAAAUGUAUUUUUUACACAAGAGUGUUUUGCUUGUUAUAUUAAAUAAGAGCAUAGAUAGUACGAAACAGAUGUAAAGGGAGUGUAUUUAAUUAUAAGUGUCGAUUGUGAGACGAUGUAACAAUGAUAAUUGUCCUUCACACCAAUCUAUACAUGUAAACGUGUGCUAGUUUGAAAGACUUCUCCGUUAUGGUUAUUAGUAUAUUCCAGCGUGCUCAUGAUUUGAUUGUUUUAAAGCUGUAACCAGCUUUUUAGCGCGAGUACGCGUGAAGAUGUUUUACACUUACUAAUAUAUUAAUUGUAUCUAGUUUCAUGAAACUAUUGAAUUUAUGCUCGUAUCGUUCGUAAGACUCGUGUUUCUAUACUUGUAUUUCAGUUCCUAUGUACCAAGUAAACAUAGUUACCGCAUGUAUGUGGGUUUAUAUAAAUUGCAAAAUUUGAUUAGCAGAUAAUUGAUAUAGAGCAAGUAAAUGUAACGAUUAUACAAAAACAUGUAAAUGUACCGAUCAAACAAAACAGUUUUAACCAAUACCGUUUCAUACAAAUAAACACUACGGCAUUGGCGUAAACAAUAAGAAAAGUAUAAUAAAAAAUAAAAUGAUCAGACAAUCAUGAAA